GUGUGCUGUAGGCGCAUUGCAUGUAUCAUAGCGCAACUUGGGUGCAGCGAAGUACUCACACGCACAAGCGAGCAAUCCCUCGUGCUCGCUCCUUUUCGCGACAUAAGCCUCUGGCUCUUCUUUCCAAGCCGGUAAGUCUCAUGAACUCGUAGCAAAUGUAAUUUCGUCAGGCGAGCCAGUGCUUGAUUGGCCUUUCUACACCCGCCCCGCCGUUUUGCCUCGCCUAGGCGCACACGUACAGCGCGCGCGCACACAGUCGGAAACGGAUUUGAUUGGUUUCAUUCCUGCGCAUGUCGUGAAUGGGGCUUACUUGUACUUCGGCCCGGCUAGCGACGGUGCGUGGUACCCUUGAGCUCGCAGCCCAUAGUGGGAGACGCCCAUACUUGCGCGCGCAGGUCGACUUCCUUCUGUGUUUAAAAGGCGCCCGCUUGUCCGAUACCGCAAGCUCGCCAUGCGGCGCACACUCGUCUGGCUGCUUUUUGCAGCCGUGGCGGUUGGCCCGCACGCUGCGCUCGGCGCCAAGCCCUCUGGCCUUGUUGUCAAACGCGACAAGCUGAAGGGGUGCCUGAAAAACUUCAACACGCACGUGAAUGAGAAGCUGGUGAAGGAGAAGGACGGAGAGGGCAAGGGCCGCGGCAAGGUCAAGCAAGCCAAGGGCAGCAAGUACAUCGCUCGCAAAAAGGCUCUGUCUGACUAUUACGGCAAGACCAGCAAGCAGAUCAAGUACGAGCAGCAGUCUCGUGUGUGCUCGGCUCAGACCUUUGACAGCUAUACCAAGAACCCGUGCGCCAAGGACGCCCAGCCCUGCAUCGAUGAGGUGGUGGUGGUGUUCGGCACCGCGGACGGCGUGGACGACACCGACACCUCUGACUGCACCGAGUUCGACUGCCGGCCCAAGUGUGUGAAGGUGGUGUCCGGAGCGGCUGGUAAGAGCUCUACCUUCGACGUGGAUGACUUUGGCUCCUACGAUGGCACCAGCGCCCGCCGCCUCGCCGCGCGCCGCCGCUUCAGCCGCAUGAUGCUGGAGGCGAGCAUUCGCGGCGAGCACGAUGAUGCGACCGUCACGCCCAACCUGUCGGAUAUGCCCGAGGUGCUCAUCCCUGUUUACGAGCACCUGCGCGAGACCAGCCGCAAGGAGCGCUUCCUCCAGGCGGCUGUCAUUGACGAGGAUGAUGACUUUGACACGGAGCAGGAGGAGGGCGUUGACAUUGACACCGAUGAGCGCACCAACGAGGUCCUGGACCGCGUUGCAAACAAGUUCGACAAGAAGACUGUGGACGCGUUCUGCGCCGACCUGGAUGAUGAUGACUUCCGCGAUGCCGCGGUGAAGCAGCGCAAGAGCUUCAUGGACCAGGACUCUGACCGGCCGUCGCCGCCCAACCCCAACGCCGGCCGCCGCAUGCGCCGCAACCUGCUCAACUCCAUGCGCGCCCGCCGCCUGGGUGCCAGGGAGUCGGACAGCAACACCGCCGAGUCGUGUGUGGCCACCUCCGUCACCACGCCCCUGGACCUGCGCGCGGCCGAGAACGACGACUCGCUGCUGUGGGUAGUAGUGGGUAGUAGUGGGUACUGCUGCACUGUCAGCGGCACCACGCUUAGCAGCAAGUCUGACGCCGAGGAACUGGAGUGCACGGAUGCGACCACCGGCGCCGUGGCGGAUCCCUCCCUGACAUUGAACGUGGAUCCGGGGGGCACCAGCCCCUCCUGCGUCUGCAAGCCCGCGUCCUUCGCGCCCCCAGACCUGCUCUACACUCUGGGCAACCGCGACAUGGAGAUGGAUUGCGUCAGCAACGGCACGGGCCUGUGCAACAUUCCCGACGCCGGAUACGACAUCCCCAACGACCCCGACGAGCCCAUGCCCCACUACUACGCCAUGCUCAAGCGCCUCCACACCGGUGACGGCAUCACUCAGAACCUGAUCCCCCGGGAGGACAGCGGCGACCCGCACUGGUACAAGCGCAAGGUCUCGUACAUGGACAAAUACGAGAUCAUGAAGAAGGCUCGCCUCGCCCAGUACAUCUCCCUGACGGUGGACACGGUGUGCGCGGCCGCCAAGGCCAUCAGCGUGCUCUUCGUGGGCGGCUUCGGUGGCGUGGUGGGCACUGACGUGCACCCCGCGGAGAUCCCUUGCGCCAUCCUGAUCCUCGCCCCGGAUACCGCCGGAGCCAUUUACCAGAACCUGAUCGCCGACAUUGACAACCAGAACAGUGUCAUUGACGGCACCGAGACCACCCUCAUGUAUCAGACGCUGCACAUCGUGGGCUACAACCAGGAGGUCGCGCUGGACCGCACCCUCGAGUACACCCAGGCCGCCGGCGACACCGUGGCCGCGGCCCUGGGCGACGAGACCACCAAGAUCAAGAACGCCAUCACGGCCAUGGGCGCGGAAGUCAUCACCAAGAUCGAGACGGAGCACACCAAGACGCGCACCGAACUCACCCAGCUUGUCAACAGCGUGGAAGCCGACAUCUUGGGCGACAUUGCGGACCUGCUGGACGUGGUCACCAAGAGCCAGAACCGUGUGGACGCCUCGCUGUGCGACAUCAAGACCAAGGUGUCACUGGCGCAGCGCGAGGUCGACUACCAGCGCCGCCUGCUGCUGGUGCCGCAGGGCAAGAUGCCCGGCUAUGUCGGCAGCAUCAAGGACGCCAACACGACCGCCUACAAGCAGUGCAACUCGCCCUUCGGCUCCGUCAACCGCGACGGCUCCAGCCCGCUCAACACCUGCACCCAGCUCUCCAGGACCAACAUCGCGGGCACUGUCAUCAGCUGGGGCUGCGACGUUCCCAUCGCCUAAUAGGUUGCAUUGGUUACAAGAGGCACUUGCUGACGCGAGUCACGAGCGACAUCUGCUCUGGACCUAAUAGGUCCCAACGUAGCGCCCUGCGCUGGUGCCCAGGCUGGGCGCUGAUGCAAAGUGUAGCUAGAAACCCGAAGCAAGGGAAAGUGAUGCAUUUGUUAGCUAGAUAGCAAGGGAUAGCGUCGGCGACACGGACAUGCACAAGGUGCCUACCUGGGAUGUGGCACCAAGGCACAUACACACCAGAAGCUUUCCAACGUACAUAUCUUCGCGGAUUAUAAUUUGUUUGUGCGGGGAACAUCGAGUUGCGACGCUCACGGCUCACGGCUCAGCCCCAAGUGCCCUACUACCUAGCUACCGGACAACCGGACUGUGUUAGCAUUCGGGGUGUGCCCUGCUGUACAUAUCAUGCUACCAAGUGAUAUAAAGCUGCGUUGAUGUACAUAAGGACGCCCACUCGAGAGAAAGUGUUGUUGUAAGGAGGCUGGACU